AUGGCGACAAACAAAAUUUACAAGCAGUUCACGUCUCGUACGCUCCUCAAUUUCUUUGAAGUAUCAGCCCUCGCAGACAGCGAAACCAACGAGUCAAUCGCUUCAGUUUGUAAGGCAGCCGCGAAAGACCCAGCGAUUGUUGGCAUCUGCGUGCGGCCCUCCUUUGUCAAGUUUAUCAAGCAGCAGGUGGUCAAGUCGGCCCCAGAGGUGGCAAACAUCAAAGUAUGCGCUGCUGUCAACUUUCCCGAUGGGACCGGUACUCCUGACACCGUCUCGGUAGAGGCGGUUGCAGCACUGAAAGAUGGGGCCGACGAGAUCGAAUGUCUUAUAGAUUGGAGGCAAAUGAACGAGGACGUCGCUGACGGAGAGUCUCGUGUUCGGCUCCUCGUUAGUGAAGUGAAAAAGGUCGUUGCUCCUAAGACGCUUAAAGCAGUUCUAGGAGCUGGAGAACUCCAGGGAGGCGACAUUAUCAGCAGGGCAGCGGUCGCUGCGCUCGAAGGUGGAGCGGACUUCCUCCAAACAUCAUCGGGCUUGGGAGCCACACACGCGACCAUGUUCAUGGUUCACUUAAUCUCCAUAGCGCUGCGCGACUACAUGGUCCGUGAAAGGGAAAGAGUCAACGUCGAGCGCGGCAUGCGAGAAGGCGCCGCUGAAGGCGCUGCCGUGAGGCGUGUGGGAAUCAUGAUUGAGGUUGGUGAUGUGCACACGGCGGAAACAGCCGAUUUCCUGAUGCAGAUGAUUUUCGAGAAUGGCCCUGGGUCUAUCAUUCGAGAAAGAUUCCGAGUGGGAGGAAGCUUUAACCUGCUGAAAGAACUGAGAGAAUGCUAUGAGUCUUGGGACUCAGUAGGAGUCUCUCCGGACACCGCCCCGUGA